CGCGUGUGAGAUCCGAGCAAUUUUUACUCAUCCUUCAUGGUGAAGUCAUCGAGUUUCGGGGCCGCAUCGAGUCUUCGCGAAUUGCAACCCGCAAAGUUAUUCUGCUACCCAACACAGCCUUGGGCGCGUGAGGCCGGUGCAAUCUUGAGGCAUUGAAAGACUCAGAACCUUCUAGGUGUCUCAUCAAGGCUCCGCCUUGUCGUUUUCAAGUGGUUGUCUGCGAUCAACAACAGUCAUCGAUGCGUCAGUACGCCCGGUUGAUACCCAAAAUGGGUGCAGCUAGCGGAUCGGGGCGAUGCUGGCUUUUGGACCCGAACCCACGCGAGGUUGCCUCAUUCUCAACGCAAAUGGAUCAAUGGGAAGAGUGCCGACUGUGCAGAUGCAGGCGUGAAGCAGAUGGGAAUGAGGCGGUAAGAAACGAGGCACUGGAGUGGUGGAAGACGAUGACAGUGAUGCCCGAAGCCAGCGCCAAGGCUAAUGUAAAGCUGGAAUGCGCUGGCACUCGCUCACUCGCUCGUUCCACUCAACACCACGGCCAAGGCCAGCAGAGGAACCUUGGAACCUGUGCAUGCUGAAGGAGUGUCCCAGCGUAAGGACCCAUCAUCAAGCCCAGACCACGGCCGCACAGAGACCUGCUAGGCACUCCCGGUGCCGCCAGUGCGAUGUGAAGAGUGCAAACUGGUGGAUGGAUGGACGAUUCCUCCGGAUAAGAUAUCGUGACAAACAGGCUCAGAAGGCCUUGAUCCCCUGACCACCGUCCCUAAUGGAUUCGAGCUCAUUUGCUUCAUGCACGUUGCCGCACCACGGGACAGACUCGACACAAAGUCACUUUCCUCCCCUUUCGUGGGUCUUUGUUACAAGGUUGACUGCAGGACGGGAUUGAAGGGUGAUGGGUGUCAUCUGCACUCGAGUGGACGGCAGCACAACAUAGACACGAGUCACAUUUGUUUGUGUCAUGUCAGCUUUUGGACGAGAAGCUUUGUGAGCCAAUCGAGGUCUCAAAAGGAAGUGUUUCAUGGGCAUACACUCCCGUACGAGGUCUUAGGGCACCCUACGAAAGACAUUUGGGAGGGACAUCCGGUGGUGUGUCCUCCCGUAAGGGUCGACUUCAGCCUUUCAGCUUCACAAGCACAACAAGGCCAGGUGGGCUGGCGAGGCCUGACAAGGCUUGGUCGUGCAUAUUCUCAGAGCGAUUGGAUCUGAUCGCCCGUGAAUUUCAGCUGGGUUUGACCGACAGACUGGAAAAUAGCCUCUUGUAAGGAGAACCAUUGGCUAGGAAGGUCGCCAAUCAGAGUCGGUUUGGUCAAGAAUUGGUCUAGAAAAGGGAGGCGAAAAUCCUCCCCAAGAGAUCUUUUGAUUUGGAUAUCUUAGAUCCCGUUGGCUCGCAAAACGGCGAGCUGAACAUAGCCGAGUGACCCGCAUGGAUCUGAGACUCUCGAGAUUGACAUAUCCAACGUAAAACUUGACAAACCCUUGACCUUGUCUGCUGGACCCCAAUCUUUACUUCGGUGGGUAUUGCUUGUGUUGAGGAAGAGAUCCCCUCUUAGCACUCACAGCCACGAGCCAACAGAAGACAGGGAGGAGUUGUCGAGUAGACACGCGUUCACAGAAGGCUGCGGAGAGGAGCUACUGGAGGCAUCGCAAGGAAGAGGCGUCAUGAACGACGGUGAUGAUGAGGGAUUGUCUGCAUGAUGCUAUUUAUGAAGGAUCGCACAAGGGUAUGGUCGCAAAAACAAGUAGAUUCGGGUAUAGCGACGGUCAAUGAUCGGAGUUGAUGUCUUGCAUUGUGUGUUCCAUUGGGCUUGAGGGAUGAAUUGCGCGAGGGCGAUGAGGUAUGACGGACAGUAAGCUUACAAUGCAUGGAAGCGGGCGCAGUCCCCGUGACUCCCUCUUGGGGGUCAAUGGAUGAUGUCGG